UCCAUGUACCGGUUUCCGUCGCUGUUCCGUCCGCCGUGCCGCCCCCGUGACCGGCGCGCUCAGCUCGAGUUGGACAAACGUUCGACGCUUAGCAUCAUCAGCGGCAGUCAGGUGGAGGACUUUUCCGUGUCGCAGCCGCCGCUGCCCGUCUGCCCGCCCCCGGAGCCGCUGACACCCGUCCGCAGGGCAGGCGCCGAUGCCGAGCUGCUGAAGCCGGCCACUGACAGCGACAAUGGGGACCGCUCUCCGCUCUCCUCGGCACACUCCAGUCCCACACGGAUGAAAAGCAGCCAGCGCUGGCUGAAGCUGCGGACGACUGUUCAGCUCUCCGGUGCAUUGGCCACGGCCGGAAAACAAAAGCCCACGCUCAAACGGGAAGACUCGUUCAUCACACGGUUUUCUACCAGGCAAAUCAUCGAGACUCAGGACACUGUCGAAGAUCACUUGUCUGAAAACGAAAAGGAGAAGGGCACCAAUGACGCGGGGCCUCGCAGCCGCCGCAAGAAGCCACCGUGGAGCGUGAUCAACCCGGACGAGAGUUUCUACUUUUUCUGGCUGUUUCUGCUGACGCUGUGUGUUCUGUACAACGUGUGGACGCUGAUCGUGCGCCAGGCGUUCCCGGAGCUGCAGGAGAACUGGCAGCAGUGGUGGCUGGCCGGCGACGCCUUCAGUGACUUCAUCUACGUGUGUGACAUUAUCGUGCAGCUGCGCACCGGCUACCUGGAGCAGGGCCUGAUGGUGUACGACUCGCACAAGCUGGCGCGCCACUACGUGCUGUCGCGGCCGUUCGCGCUGGACCUGGUGUCGGUGGUGCCGCUGGACUUGCUCCAGCUGACGGUCGGCGUCUGCCCCAUGCUGCGCUGCCCGCGCUUCGUCAAGGUGUACCGCACACGCUGCUACUACUACAUGGUCGAGUCUCGGACGGUGUUCCCGAACGUGUGGCGGGUGGCGAUGCUGGUGCACGUGCUGCUGCUGCUGGCGCACUGGUUCGGCUGCUUCUACUACCUGCUGUCCGAGGCGGAGGAGUUCCGCGGCGACUGGGCCUACCCGCACGGAGACUCGGAGGAGUUCGGCACCCUCACCAGAAAGUACCUGGCGUCUGUCUACUGGUCCACACUGACGCUGACCACCAUCGGCGACCUGCCGACGCCGCACACCAACAACCAAUAUCUUUUCACCAUUGUCAGCUACUUGAUAGGGGUAUUCAUAUUUGCUACAAUUGUCGGCCAAGUGGGGAAUGUGAUCACAAAUCGGAAUGCAAAUCGGCUGGAAUUUGAACGCUUAUUGGACAGCGCCAAACUGUACAUGCGCCACCACCGCGUGCCGCGCGCGAUGCAGCGUCGCGUGCAGCGCUGGUACGACUACUCGUGGUCGCGGGGUCACAUCCAGGGAGGCGGCGACAUUAACGCUGUGCUCGGCCUCCUGCCGGACAAACUGCGCACCGAGCUGGCCCUGCAUGUCAACCUGAUGACGCUGAAAAAGGUGACCAUUUUUAAGGCCUGUCAGCCCGAGUUCCUACACGACCUGGUGCUGAAGAUGCGGGCUUACAUUUUCACGCCGGGUGAUCUGAUCUGCCGGAAGGGCGAGGUGGCCAGAGAAAUGUUUAUCAUCGCCGAUGGAAUAUUGGAAGUGAUCAGUGACAGUGGAAAGGUUCUAACGACAAUGAAGGCUGGUGAUUUCUUCGGCGAGAUUGGUAUCCUAAAUCUGGACGGCUUAAACAAACGCACUGCCGACGUCCGCUCCGUGGGCUACUCAGAGCUGUUCAGCCUGUCGCGAGACAACGUGCUCAGUGCCAUGAGGGACUAUCCGGAGGCACAGGAGAUUCUGCAGACGCUCGGUCGGCGCCGGCUGCUGGAAGCUCGGAAGGCGUCCGGGGGCCGAGUGGUCCCCAACAACGGCCUCUCGGCGGGCGAGCAUCCGCCGCCGGCGGCGGCCGACCCGGAGCGCGGCGCCGGCUCCGCCCACCGCCGCCGGCCCGAGGUCAUCAAACACGCCCUGCGUCGGGUCCGACGCGUCGACAGUGAUGCCGACAUGGAGCUGGUCCCGUGCUCCUCUGACGAGCCGCAGGAGGGUCAGGGACACGCCAGUGGCAGUGGACGGACGCGCUCCUCGCAGAGGCGGCGGAAGCUGGGCUCGACGGCCAGCCCGGACGGCGGCGGCUCGGUCGGUCGGGAGCCGUCCACAGAGCCAGAGGUGAUCGGCGCUGGGCUGCCGCUGCUCCAAAGGCUGCGGAUGCUGCGGGACCGGCAGGCGGCCGAGCGGCCUGACGUGACCACCAGGUCGGACCACACCGAGUCCAAGGUGGAGGAGCGGCGAGCCGGCUCGGGCCGUCCCGGUCCGCCCGCGUCCAAACCGUCUCACGGUCACACGAGUCGGGACGGUGAGAGCACGGACAUCACGCCCGGGGUCACGGUGGUGUCAGCAGCCACACAGACAAGUGACGAGGACUGCGAGCCUUCCUCCGGCGCCUCGCCCAGCCCGGCUGCGAGCUCCCCGGCUGCCUGGUGGCCGGGGUCGCCGCGCCGCUCCGAGGGGCAGGCGGCGCCGUCCCAGGAGUCGCCGCCCGGCUCCGACUCUGCCGAGCGGCGCGGCCUCAAGAGCAUCCUGCGCCGGCUGGCGGACCCGACCGAGGCGCCCGCGGCGCCACCCGUCCCGGCCACCGUCCAGGGAUAUCUGUCGCGCAAGCGGAACCUGAUGAAGUCCGUCUCGUUCAACCAGCACUCUCCGCCGGGCUCUCCGGUCGGCUCGCGCGAGGCGUUACCGGAUGUCACGUCGCAGGCGACGCCGCCCCCACCGACCGCCUGCCUCAUCCAGGCCAGCGACGUGGUGGCCGAGAUACGCAGCCUUCUUCAAGAGAAACUGACGGAAAUGCAUGCGUCACUCAAUACCAGGAUGGAGUCGCUCGAAAAGGAAAUGAGGGAACGCGACCGAAUACUGCAGGAGCUGUACUCGCAGCAGCAGUGUCAGAAUGCGUUUGGAGGAAAGGUAGAGGAGCUAGCGGAGGACUCAGACGGGAGCUCGUCUCCGCCGGACAGCGCCAGUGACCUGACCUGCUUAUCAGAGAGUGUCAGCCAGGACCGGCUAUGGACGCUCGAGUUCGGUCACCGCCGACCCGAGCACACGGUGGUGGACGUCGGUCCCGCCUCCUCGGACCCCGCGCCCGCCGCCGCCGAGCCGGCCGACCGCGCACCCGCCGAGCCCGACGAAUGGGAGGUGCAGAUGCUGGUGGCCGAGAUGGCUCGCUCGGAGCGGCGGCAGCGGCGCAGUCUGGUGCCGGAGCUGACCGUCUCGGAGCUGGAGCUGCUGGCGCGGCUGGAGGGCGGCCAGCAGCCGGCGCGCGCCGCCGCCGUCGGACGUAUGGCCAGCGUGGACGGCGGCGGCCACUCGGAGCCGGGCGGCCGGCCGGCGCGGCCCCAGCUCGGCCGCAUCUCGGACGCCGCGCCGCUGUAG